CGCCGAUCCCCCUUUUUGCCGUCCCGUUUGUUCGCUCCCAUCGACUGCGGCGGACGUUCUCGGUCUCUUGUCUCUCUGUGUCGCCCGCAAGAUGCCGUUCAAGCGAUAUGUGGAGAUCGGCAGGGUUGCCCUCGUGAACUACGGAAAGGAAUACGGCAGGCUUGUCGUCAUCGUUGACGUGAUCGAUCAGAACAGAGCCUUAGUUGAUGCUCCUGACAUGGUACGUGGCCAAAUGAACUUCAAGAGGCUUUCACUCACUGAUAUAAAGAUCGACAUACCACGAGUUCCCAAAAAGAAGACCCUUAUCAGUGCCAUGGAGGCUGCUGAUGUGAAGAACAAAUGGGAGAACAGUUCGUGGGGCAGGAAGCUAAUCGUGCAGAAGAGGAGAGCUUCGCUAAAUGACUUUGACAGGUUCAAGGUCAUGCUGGCAAAGAUUAAGAGAGGAGGUGCUAUCAGGCAGGAGCUGGCCAAGCUAAAAAAGGAGAACGCAGCUUGAGCUUCUCACGAGUGGUUGGUGAAUUUUGUUCGAUACAUCUUGGAACUCCAUUUGUGUUCGUUAGGAUUGGAUUUUCUGCAGAUCGUUGGACUUAGGUUGGGAGUACUGAUGGCCUUGAAAUAUUAAAUUGCAAGCUUUGGUUCUCAUGUCA